AUGGAGCCUGGUGACGCGGCGCGCCUCGGCCCGGGGCGGGCGGCCCGGGCGCUGCCAACGCGGCUGCUGCUGAUGCCGCUGCUCCUGCUGCUGCUGGGUCGGGGGCUGCGCGGGGCGGCCGCGGCCUCCUCCUCUGGGGCGGCGGCUGAGGACAGCAGCGCCAUGGAGGAGCUCGCCACGGAGAAGGAGGCAGAGGAGAGCCACCGGCAGGACAGCGUGAGCCUGCUCACCUUCAUCCUGCUGCUCACGCUCACCAUCCUCACCAUCUGGCUUUUCAAGCACCGCCGGGUUCGCUUCCUGCACGAGACCGGGCUGGCCAUGAUCUACGGACUCAUCGUCGGGGUGAUCCUGAGGUAUGGCACCACUGCCACCAGUGGUCAUGACAAGUCACUCAGCUGCACUCAGGAAGACAGGGCCUUCAGCACCUUAUUAGUGAAUGUCAGUGGGAAGUUCUUUGAAUACACCCUGAAAGGAGAAAUCAGCCCUGGCAAGGUCAACAGUGUAGAGCAGAACGACAUGCUGAGGAAGGUAACAUUUGAUCCAGAGGUCUUUUUCAACAUUCUGCUGCCUCCAAUUAUUUUCCAUGCUGGGUACAGUUUAAAGAAGAGACACUUUUUCAGAAAUCUUGGGUCUAUUCUGGCCUAUGCCUUCUUGGGGACUGCUGUUUCCUGCUUCAUUAUUGGAAAUCUCAUGUAUGGUGUGGUGAAGCUCAUGAAGAUUGUGGGGCAGCUCUCGGAUAAAUUUUACUACACGGAUUGCCUCUUUUUCGGAGCAAUUAUCUCUGCUACUGACCCAGUGACCGUACUGGCGAUAUUUAAUGAAUUGCAUGCAGACGUGGACCUUUAUGCACUUCUGUUUGGAGAAAGUGUCCUAAAUGAUGCUGUUGCCAUUGUACUGUCCUCGUCUAUUGUUGCCUACCAGCCAGCAGGGCUGAACACUCACGCCUUUGAUGCUGCUGCCUUUUUUAAAUCAGUUGGCAUUUUUCUAGGUAUAUUUAGUGGCUCUUUUACCAUGGGAGCUGUGACUGGUGUCGUGACUGCUCUAGUGACCAAGUUCACCAAGCUGCACUGCUUUCCCCUGCUGGAGACUGCACUCUUCUUUUUGAUGUCGUGGAGCACGUUCCUCCUGGCGGAAGCUUGUGGGUUCACAGGUGUGGUAGCUGUCCUUUUCUGUGGAAUCACACAAGCUCAUUACACCUACAACAAUCUGUCAGUGGAAUCCAGAAGCCGAACGAAGCAGCUCUUUGAAGUAUUACACUUCCUGGCAGAGAACUUCAUCUUCUCCUACAUGGGCCUGGCACUGUUUACCUUCCAGAAGCACGUUUUCAGCCCUGUUUUCAUCAUUGGAGCUUUUGUUGCCAUCUUCUUGGGGAGAGCCGCCCACAUCUACCCACUUUCCUUCUUCCUCAACUUGGGCAGAAGGCACAAGAUUGGCUGGAAUUUUCAACACAUGAUGAUGUUUUCAGGCCUCAGGGGAGCAAUGGCAUUUGCACUGGCCAUCCGAGACACAGCAUCCUACGCACGCCAGAUGAUGUUCACGACCACUCUCCUCAUCGUCUUCUUCACUGUCUGGAUCAUUGGUGGAGGCACGACGCCCAUGUUGUCAUGGCUUAAUAUAAGAGUUGGCAUCGAGGAGCCCUCCGAAGAGGACCAGAACGAACACCGCUGGCAGUACUUCAGAGUUGGUGUCGACCCAGACCAAGACCCACCACCCAACAACAACAGCUUCCAAGUCUUACAAGGGGAUGGUUCAGAUUCUGCCAGAGGAAACCGAACAAAGCAGGAGAGUGCAUGGCUAUUCAGGCUGUGGUACAGCUUUGAUCACAAUUACCUGAAACCCAUCCUCACGCACAGUGGCCCCCCAUUAACCACCACCCUCCCAGCCUGGUGUGGUUUGCUCGCUCAGUGUCUAACCAGUCCCCAGGUAUAUGAGAACCAAGAGCCACUGAGAGAGGAAGACUCUGAUUUCAUCCUGACCGAGGGUGACCUCACCUUGACCUUCGGGGAUAGCACAGUGACUGCGAACGGCUCCUCAGGUUCCCACACGGCCUCCAUGAGCCUCGAGGGUGGUCGGAGAAUGAAGAGCAGCUCUGAGGAGGUGCUGGAACGAGACCUGGGAAUGGGAGACCAAAAGGUUUCCAGCCGGGGCACCCGCCUAGUGUUCCCCCUGGAGGAUAGUGUGCGCCUUCCCGCCCAGAGCCCUGAGUGA